AACAGCUGUGUACAUACUAACCCCCUGCAGGCCUUGAGUUCAGUAGAACAAAUAUUUGCCAUCCCAUGGUCAGUGAACCAGCCCGGGAGUGAUUGUGAGACAAGUUGGACUGUGGGUGGGCAAGUCACAUAAAUGAAACGGCACUGAGUCCCCCGGCACAGACAGACAGACUGAGGACGUGCAACAUGGUGCUGCUCAGGGCCCUGGGCUUGGCGCUGGUCCUACUGCAUCUCUCUGGGACAUUGGAGGCAAAGCUGCAUUAUGCUGUGGUCUUCCCCUCGGAGAUGCGCUGCCAUAGCUCCGAACAAGCCUGUGUGCACCUCAGUGGGGCGGAGGGAGACAGCCGGAUACAGGUUACCUUGAACAUGGCCGAACGGAACUCAACGGUGAUAGAGAGGAACCUCCGGCAGAAAUCCCUCUUCAGCUGUGUUACAUUCCAGGUGCCUCCGCCCUCUGAAGGGAAUGAAGAAGUGGCCACCAUGGAAAUUCUCAUUGAGAGCGCAGGGGAGACCAUAACCAACAGCAGCAAAGUUCUAGUGAAGAGGAGAAGAACCAGUACUUUCAUUCAGACGGACAAAGCUGUAUAUAAACCAGGGCAAACAGUACGAUUCCGAGUGGUUUCUCUUAAAGAAAAUCUACAACCUGGAGAAAAUCAGAUUUCAGUCAUCCAAUUACAGGAUCCAAACAAGAACCGUAUUGCCCAGUGGCUGGAUGUGACCCUCACACAGGGAAUCGCUGAGCUCUCACUGCCGCUGUCCCCGGAACCUUCGCUUGGAGAAUAUUCCAUUCACGUGGGGGACACUGUGCACUACUUUAGCGUGGAAGAAUACGUCCUUCCCAAGUUUGAGGUCAGUUUCCAGUUCCCCAAGGUGGUGUUCUUUACCAGCGAACAAUUCCAGCUGAAAACAUGUGGCAGAUACACCUAUGGCAAACCUGUGCAAGGAACCUAUAAGGCUACGGUGUGCCGUAAGGUCAUAAGAUACUGGUGGGGACACAAUGAUGACCGCUCAGACCUGUGCGUCGAUUUCAGCGGGAAGUUGGACCAGUCUGGCUGUUCCACAUUGACAGCGACGUCUGAAAACUUCAAUCUUACCUACAACACUCAUGAAAUGGGCCUAGAGGGGACGUCUACUAUUACAGAGGGAGGGACAGGAGUGGAAUAUUCUGGAAGCGGUAAAACCAUCAUUUCGUCUGUAGUCACGAGUUGCAGUUUCCUGGAUGCUGACAGUAACUACAAGCCGGGGAUCCCAUACAGCGGCACAGUAAAGGUGGUAGAUGCCAAUGAUGACCCCAUCCCCAACCAGAUAGUCUAUCUAACCAGCCAUUCUAAUGAAGUAAACAAGACAUUGGUGUCGGAUGAGAAUGGACUCGCCUCCUUCCAGCUGGAGAACACGGCAGAGUGGAAGGGACAGCUGAGCCUUAGGGCCAGUACAACUACACAGGACGCUGGAUUUGAUUUCCUUCAGGGCCGUCUCAUUACCCCUAAUGAUGUGAGUGCAUCGCUCAUGCUGAAACCCUUCCACUCCCCCAGCAAGAGUUUCCUGAAACUGCACUCCCAGCAGGGGGCGCUCCCAUGUGAGGGGCAACGAGAUGUCCGAGUGGAAUAUAUUAUCCCAAACUCUGCCCUGGGGAUUGAGGUCAAGCACAUGGAGCUGCACUACCUGGUUGCUUCUAAAGGGUCAGUAAAGGACUCGGGAUCAGUGGAAGUGCCCAUUACUAGUGAAGGAGGAGGAUCUUCAGAGCUGAGGGGUGAGGUCUCCAUCAAACUCACACUCAGUGCCGACGUCUCUCCGACUCUCCGCGCUCUCGCCUUCAUUUCCCUCCCUAAUGGGGAAUUAGUGGCCGAUUCUGCAACAUUCAAACUGCAAAGGUGCUUCAAGAACAAAGUAUCAGUUGGCUUCUCCCCAGAUGAAGUUCUCCCAGGAGCUGAUGUUUCCCUACAAGUCCAGGCAGCCGCCGGGUCCCUGUGUGGCCUGAGAGUGGUGGAUCAGAGUGUGGUGUUAAUGAAACCUGACAAAGAACUGACGGCCGAUCAGAUUCACAAUCUCUUUCCUUUCCCUGAUUUCGGAGGGUACGAUGCUCGGGUCCAAGAUAGUGAUGAUCAUUGUCCAUUUUAUCCCUGGUUUCAUCGACCAAUGUGGAAGAGAAGUAUUGUUCUACCACCGUGGCAUAUGCCUCAUGAAGAUGAGGUUGAUGUAUACAGCUUAUUUAAGGACAUGCGCCUUAAGAUCGUCACUAGUGCGGAGAUUAAGAAGCCUCUGAGGUGCCGGGAACCUGAAUUUGCUCUCCAGUACAACGUGCUCGCGCACCCUCGAAUUGCUGAUGCUGGAGAUGGUCUUGUAAGGGCAAUGCCGAAAGCAGUGGGAGUGGGAAAUGAACUCACUGAACCAGCGGCUGAAAUAAUCCGGGCGUAUUUCCCAGAGACGUGGAUCUGGCAGCUAGAGCCUGUGGGUGAGUCGGGUAGAGCCGAGGUCCAUGGCUCAGCCCCAGACACCAUCACCGAGUGGAAUGCAGGAGCUUUCUGUAUGGGACCCAGUGGGUUUGGCAUCUCCCCACCAACCUCCCUUCGAGCCUUCCAGCCCUUCUUUGUGGAGCUCACUCUGCCGUACUCUGUGGUGCGAGGGGAGUCAUUCACUCUCAAGGCCUCUGUGUUUAACUACCUCAAGCAGUGUAUAAAGGUUCAGACUACACUCCAGCCGUCACUUGAGUUAGAGCAGGAACCAUGUGCUGACUGUCAGUAUAGCAGCUGUAUCUGUGCAGACGAAAGCAAGACCUUCUACUGGAACCUUAAAGCCUCCAACCUGGGAGAGGUGAACAUCACGGUGAGGACGGAGGCUCUGAACACUCAGGACAUGUGCAAUAAUGAGAUUCCUAUUGUUCCCAAGCAGGGUCACUCCGACACUGUGAUUAAGCCACUGCUGGUGCAGCCGGGGGGAGUCCUAAUAGAGAAAUCUCACAGCUCCCUGAUCUGCAGCCCAGAGGGAGAAGACCAUUCAAAGACAGAGGACAUAUCCCUGAAUGUUCCAGAGAACAUCCUGGAGGGUUCUGAGAGAGCGUAUGUAACAGCACUGGGAGACCUGAUGGGAACAGCCAUGCAGAACCUGGACCGGCUCCUGGCCAUGCCAUAUGGAUGUGGGGAGCAGAACAUGGUUCUCUUUGCCCCCAAUAUCUUCAUUCUUCAGUAUCUGGAAAACACUCACCAACUGAGCCCUGAGAUCCAGACCAAAGCCAAAGGAUUCCUUGAAAGCGGGUACCAAAGACAACUGACUUACAAACGUAACGAUGGGUCCUACAGCGCAUUUGGGUCAAGGGACCCCGAGGGAAACACAUGGCUGACUGCAUUUGUAGUGAAGUCCUUCAGCAAGGCUCGUCCCUACAUCUUCAUCGACGGAGACCACCUAAACCAUUCUUUCUCAUGGCUAAAAGAUAAACGCCAAAGGAGCGGCUGCUUCCGUAGUGUGGGGAAACUCUUCAAUAAUGCAAUGAAGGGGGGAGUGGAUGAUGAAAUAUCUCUUUCUGCUUAUGUCACCAUUGCUCUAAUGGAAGCCGGUCUGUCCAAAGAGGACCCAAUGGUUAGUGAUGCUUUAUCCUGCCUGAGGAAGGCUGCCAGAAAAGUGAGCAGUGCCUACACCCAGGCUCUGCUGGCCUACACUUUCACUCUGAGUGAUGAUACUAAACACAGGGAGAAGCUGCUGGCUAAACUGGAGGAGAAAGCUGUGAGGAAAGAUGGACAACUCCACUGGGAGAGGAAACCUGCCUCUAAGGCCUCUGACCUCCCAUACUGGUACCGCGCUCCCUCAGCCGAGGUGGAGUUAACCUCCUAUGCGCUGCUGGCCCUUCUCUCUGGCCCCAACAAGGACCUGGGCAAAGCUUCUGAGAUAGUCAACUGGCUGAGCAAGCAGCAAAAUCCUUAUGGGGGGUUCUCUUCUACUCAGGACACGGUUGUAGCGCUACAGGCUCUUGCUGAGUAUGCCGAGGCCACAUUCUCUGACAAGGGAGAUGUCACAGUCACAGUCACUUCCAAGACUGGGUUCCAUCAACAGUUCCAUGUGGAUCAGACUAACCGGCUCCUGCUACAGAAAGCCUCACUGCCAGAUAUCCCUGGAGAGUACUCUCUGUCAGCCACUGGGAGCGGCUGUGUGUAUGUACAGACUGUCCUGAGAUACAACAUCCCCCCACCUAGAAGUGACGCCACCUUCUCAGUACGAGUGGAGACCCAACCACAGCAAUGUCCCCAGGAGCCAAUGAAACAGAUGGGCAUAGACAUUUACAUUCAAUACACAGGGUCUCGGGAAAAAUCCAACAUGGCUCUGGUUGAGGUCAAGAUGCUCUCAGGCUUUACCCCUGAUAAGAAGAGUAUUGACCAGGUCAUCAGAUGGAACAACUUUAUAAUGUGGAGUGAGACCCAAACUGACAAGGUGACAUUCUACUUAAGCGAGUUAGGACGUCAUCCAGUUAAUUUCUCCUUCAUGGUGGAACAAGAGGUUCUGGUGAAGAAUCUCAGACCAGCCAUAGUGAAAGUCUAUGAUUAUUAUGAGCCAGUGGAACAUGCAGUUACCGAGUACAACUCCCCCUGCAGCUCGGAUGAAGACACGGGCAACAUAAUACAAGGAGUAGAAGCGCCUCGCUAUAUCAGAGAUCCAUAACAGAUUCUGCAGCUGAACCCAAACCAACGCAGAGAUGAUAAUAAUAAUAAAUGUAUUUAGCAUUUGCAGUCUGACUGUCCCUUUCCCUAAUGUUGGGCACAGAGGUACAGAUGGUCCCUUCUCUGUAGGAUCCUAUUAAGUUCUUUUUAAUACCAAUAAUUAUCAGCAAUAAACAUGAUACCCCUGUUCCAAAGAUGAUUCAGGCUGGGGGGUAAUAUCCUGAUCCUUGUGUGUGGGGGGAGAAUAAAAUGUAACAGCCUUUCACAGUU